AUGAGUUUAAAAAUUAACUCUACAGAUUUUUAUACACCACUGGACACAUUGAUUGAUUGUAUACUGCUUGAACAAGGCCAUCCAAAUGCCAGUAAAUUGGUAUGUGAAGCGUCUAAAAUCUUUGGGAAUAUAUUAGCAUAUGCAUUUCCAUGUAUUGGAGUGUUGAAUUUAACUACAAAUACAAUUGUAGCUGUUAUAUUCCUGUAUUCAAUACAUCAAAAGAAUUUACAAUUUUUAUUUCUUGGACUACUUGCCCUAUCAGAUAUUGGGAUAACUAUCAUAAUUGGUUGGUUGAGAUUGUUUCCCACAUAUGGCCUACCGUUUGCAUCUUCAGGCGGUGUAUACUAUUUCAUUAUGACUAGAUCAAGUAUCAGCUGUAAGCUGGUGACUUUUGCUCAGGCGUUUUGUUGUACUCUAAGAGGGAAUAUUUUAUUGCUACUCGCUGUGAUACGUUUCAUAUUAAUGCAUAGACCAUUAGCCUACAAUAGACUUUCCACCUAUCCAUCAUGGAUAUUUAUCACUGGAGUUGUGUUCAUCACAUUUCUAAUGUCAUUACCUAUUGGAAUUAUUGUUGAUAUGACAUUGGUUUUCAAGUUGUCAAUGUGUUGGUUUACACAAUUCGAUGAUAUACUUAUAGCCUAUCAAGUGUUAUUUUCAAAUACGUGUAUUGUACAACUAUCGCUCACCUUAUUUUUCAAUGUAUUUUUUGUCCUCAAAGUUGUUAAAUGGACAAGUAGUCGGCGUCAAACGACUAGUACAAAUUCUACAGAGAGUAAGAAAAAUAUUUCAACGACAAUAACACUACUUGUCUUGCAUACAUUCACAUUUCUAUGUGCUUUACCUUGUGGAAUUAGCUUUCUUUUGACGAUUCUGUUUGAUCCAACAAGCACUGAUGUGUCAGUGGAAUUUCUACGCCUAGUCGUUUUCAUUUUAAACAUAGGCUGGGUGAUAAUUUUCCUUCAGUCUUCAUUGAAUAUAUUAUUAUACACAGUAAGGAUUAGUAUAUUUCGUCAAACUCUAUGCAAGGUAUUGAGAAAUGUUUCAGUAAGAGCAUCAAGUGUGAAUAGAGUAUCAGUGCAAAGAUCAUUUACAUGACAGUGGUUAUUCUUUAUAGUAUCGAAUAACUGAUCAUAUCCGCAAUUACUUUGUUUAUUCAAUCGAUUUUAAAAAGUGUAGAUACAAGAAGGUGACCAACUGACAUGGCACAACAAAACAGAUGACAUAAUCAAUAUUGUAUUCUUAAUCCCAUCUCGACUGUUUAUUAUGGGUUAGUAACUGAA